UCUCAAAGUAGGAAGCAAGUUCUGAAAUAGUCUUCAAUAAAGACUUUAUUUUUUUCUUUACUAUACACAAAACUUAAAUUAAAUUUAUUUAAAAAUAGUAAAAUGCCUCCCAAAAAAGGUGGUGGAAAGAAAAAAGGCAAAAAGGAUAAAGUUGAUAAAGACAAACUAACUCAAGUGGAUAGGACAUUCUAUGAACUUACAAUAACCGAUUUGAAUAAUAAACUAUCCCGUUUACGAUCGCAUUUGGCGAAAACCGAUGAAAUCAAUGAAGAUUUAACUGAAAAACUUCGUCAUUUAAAUGAAGACCGAACUGAUGUUACAGCUCAUUUGGAUCGAACGCUAGUGGAAAAAGUCGAAACAAUCCAUGAACUCGAUGAACGUCUUACGGAACUUUCUAAAGUUCGUGAUUCCGAGACUUUGUCAUUCACCGAAAAAAUCAAAGAAUGGGAGACGAAAUAUAAAUCUAUGCAUGAGCAGUUGACUUCUGAAAUAAAAUUGUUAAAUGGAAAGUUGAACUCCUUGGAGGAGUUUCGUGUUCAACGAGAUACGCUUUUGGCAAAAUUCGACGAACAGGAACAAGCCUUAAAGGAACAUCAGAGAAUGCACAAGGAAGCUAUGUACGAAAUGGAAAACAAAGCUAUGAUUGAAAAGGAUGCUUUGAAGAAAGAGGUCCAAAAUAAGCUUUUGCAGCUUUCCGAAGACUUUACAAGAUCCAGUGAGAUACGCAACGCUGGUUAUACUCGACGUUUGAUAAGAGAAAACAUUGCACUGACCAAAGAAAUUGGUAACUUAAUUAAAGCCCAACUUAAAAUGAUGGAAGAACACAGUGAGAUGAAAGCUAAAACCAAAAGUAUUGUUGAAGAGUUCAAGGCUAAUGAGGAAAUGAAGCGACAUCUGAUAUUAACUUGUCAGAAUAAAAUCGAAAUCAUAGAACAACUAACAUCAUCUUAUGAAAAAUUAAAGAUUAAGUUCAUCAAUUUGCAGAAGUAUCGUCAGUUGUAUGAAACUUCUGUCAAACGGGACAUCUGCGACAGAUUUACCUACAAUGAUCUGUCUAAUAAGUUGAGAAUCCUUAAACAACGGGUUGAUACUUUGAAGAAUGAAAAAGUCAAGUUGAUCGGGAUGCAUCAACAGCACGAAGUCUUAAUUAUAAAUCUCCGUGAAAUCAUCAAAACCAUUCGACACACGGUCCAAGUUGCCAUCGAUGAGCAACAACCUAUUGAGGGAGUCUCACGUAAGAAUCUUCUCUGUGAGUUGUUGGCAAUUCUUGCCUCGUAUUCAGAGACUCCAGAAGGUGUUAAAUCAGUGGAAACUAUGUCCUCCGAAAUAUCAACUUAUCGCCCUGGAAAAAUGGGAUUUCUGCAGCGCUCUGCAUCGAGUUUAGUGGAUAUUUUCAAGCGGGAAGCUCGUAAAAUUGCUUCAGCCGAACGCAUUUCACCCGAAUUCAAACAAAAAAAACUCGAUGGAAAGAUUCUUCCCAAAGCUCGUAGUGUCGAGGGUGAUAUACUUGUAGAUGUCGAAUAUGGAUCAACUUAUUAUAUGUCCUCAUCGGCUGAUGAACUUGGUAUCCCCGAUGAAGAAGAAAAGGUCGAAGACGAUGAAGGUGCUGAUUAUGGUUCUUCAUCGACUGGAGAAAGUAAUAUUUCUACGCAUCAUUCACAACAUUCACAUCUGAGUAUUGAUAGAAAAUUAACCAAAGAUUUAUCAACAAAAUCGUCAGAAUUAAUCGAUGAGGCUUCAGCGGUAUCAGAAGAAGCCCCAGAAGAAGAAGUAGAAGAUGAUGAAGAGUCCGAAGGAGAAGAUGAAGAUGAAGAUUCUAUAAAUUUAUUUUAUUGAUUUUCUUCUUGUCAAUGAAUAAUGUAUCGAAAAUUCAAUCAAAUAUUAAAUAAAAUCCUAUUG